CGGGUCAUGAGAGCCAUACCAAUGGGUAAACGGGUAGAUGCCCGACCAAGAAUUUCAACACCAUAUCAUCUCAUGGAUCGCUCAAAUGCGUGGACUUGGAAUGCUGGCGGCGACCGUCUUCCCACGUACGACGACGUAGUAUCGGAUGCUGACUCCGACGAACUCGAAAUUCGGUCUGAGAAUGAGAGAUUCGAGCAAUCUGUUCAAGCGUUCCUCGCGUCUUACCAGGACCAGGACGGAGACCGACCGGCGGCGCAGCGAAGACGUGGGCGCCGAUCAGGCCGGGGACCAGGUCGCCCUUCUCUGACAGAGGCCGAACCCCGCGGCGAUAUCAAACUUCGCCUUGCCCAAGUGAACAGGGCGUUUCUUAACGGCGACUACAACGAAUCAGAGAGGCGCAUACACGAGAUUAUCAGGAUAAACGCCGAGACUCACCAAGCCUGGGUCACACUUGCGACGAUUUGCGAGGAGCAGGGCCGUGACACGGAUGCGUUGACGGCCAAGCUGUACGCUUCUCAUCUUCGCCCCAAAGAUGCUGAGGGGUGGCUUGGCUGUGCAGCACUUGCCUUACAUAUUGCCGGUGACGACAAUCAAAGCCCUGCCCUUAAGACGGCAGGCACCUGUUUCGCAUCGGCUGUCCUGGCGGAUCCGACCAGUGUCAAAGCGAGACUAGGCAGGGCUGAAUUUAACCACAGGCGGGGUCAUCUUGCCAAAGCUAUUCGCGAUUAUAUCAUCGUUCUAGAGCGUCACCCUUGCGAUAUUUCGGUGGUCAGGAAGCUAGCGGAGGUCUGCGAGGCGUCGAGAAGUCCGGAGCACGUUGGAAAGGCGGUGGCCGCAUAUCAGAGGUACUUCUCUUACCUGAAGACCGGCGCAUUGAGUGACGAUCUAGGGCUAUUCUGGGGAGACAUCAGCAUAUACGUCGAACUGCUUGCUUGUGUCGGAGACUACAGCAAAGCAAUCACCGAAAUUGGGAUCCUGGCGCGUUGGUUGUUACGCCGCGAAGAUGAGAAUAUCUGGGAAGAAUGGCUGGAAGACGAUAGGGAGUGGGACCUUGAGAACACUCGCAGGCUUGAAGUGCCGGGCUUCAAACCCUCCCACAGCCCCAGCCUAUAUGGGCUCGGGCUACCGAUGGAACUCAGGGCACGGCUUGGUCUCUACCGACUGAAGCUUGGUGAUGUCGAAGAAUCCAAGAGACAUCUAUCGUGGCUAGAUCCAACAGAAUCUGCGACUGCCGCAGCUGUUGAAGAUUUUCCCGGUCUGAUCAGGGACAUUGCAGACACGCUUUUCGACAGUGGAAACGUUGCUAGGGCCUUGGAUUACUAUGAGCUUAUCCGAAAUUCGAUAUACGGUGAAGACCCAGAUCUCCUCCUGAGAUUGGGACGCUGCCACUUGGCCAACUUUGACACGGGAGCCGCCGAAGAUUGUUUUCUGUUGACGAUUCAGGUGGAUGAGAAGAAUAUCGAUGCUCGAAUCGAGCUUGCUAGGAUAUACGAGCAGGCUAAAGAAGGCGAGGAAGCACUGAUUCUUAUCACUGAGGCUAUCGCCCUUCGAGGCGCAGGGAACGGCGUUCGUCGGAGUGGGAAAAGCGCCGCCAUACCUCUGGCCAUGCCCAGCAACCUCGACAGUCCUGAGGAUGGUCACGCUGGCCAGAAGGCUGGGUCAGGUGCUGUGGUUAGACCACGAUACAGACCAAAGAGGCUUGUUGCGCCAGACCAGCGGAGGCAGGAAGAGCAUAAGAGGGCGGAUGAACUGUCGAGAAAAUACCAAGACGUUCGUAAUCUCAAGAGGGAGAUACGGCACGGCGCACGCCACCUGGUGUCAUCCUGGAUGGCGGCUGCCAAGGACCUAGUCGAUGAUUUUCGGUCUUUCAGAAGAUUCUACACAUGGGACAAGUACGUUAAGUACCUGGGGGCCGCAGACGAUAUGGUGCUCAGUACACCAUUGCAAACACGGGGUGGACACGGCAAUUCUGAGCUUCAUGAGCUUGCAGAACGAUUGUCGAAAAAUGUUGCCACAGGCACCGAGGCGAGGCGUGAUAACCCCCCUCCAAAUGACGAUGGCCAUAGGGGUAUACCUUUCGGUGAUUGGCUUGAACUCUUCCUCGACUACGCUAUUAGCCUUGCCCUGUGUGGCCGUGGCGAGGAGGCUCAUCAGGUCUGUGAGGCCGCAAGGGACUCAAUUGUCUUCACAGACUCGAAAGAUUACAUGUUCCUCAUUCAUGUCGCCUGGGCUGCUUGCGCCGUAUAUCUGGGUGAUGAGGAGAUGUGUGUCGCGAUGGCGAGAUAUUUUACUAAAGUGCACCACCUCGAUUCCGAUUCCUAUCGAAUGUUCGCUGCGCUCUGCCGACUCUGCCAAUCUCCGGCAUCAUGGUAUAAUUCUGGACCGGUCCAGAAAUAUAUCUUGCGCCAAAUUAGACUUAUCGACACGACACAACUUCAACGAGACCCACGGGAGAGCCAGGUGGUGGGAUGCAAUAGGAACACUGCGACGCAAGACGACCGUCGGAAUCUGGACGUAUGUCUUUUAACACUCUACGGUCAUAUACUCUUCACGUCCACGAGUUAUACUUUCGCAUUAAACUACUUUCUCCGAGCCAAGUCGCUAGACCCGGGUAAUCCCAUGGUGAACUUGAGCGUCGGGCUUGGCUACGUUCAUCAUGGCUUGAAGCGCCAGUCAGAGAACCGGCAGUACCUGAUAAUGCAAGGCCUUUCGUGCAUAUUCCAGUAUCUUGCUUCCAGAAGUGCUGGCACCGAAGGGGAGAGGGCUGCGGCUUGCUAUGUGUUGGCGCGAGUGUUUCAUAUACUUGGCUUGCAUCACCUUGCAAAUAGCUGGUAUAACAGAGGCUUGGAGGAUUCUGUGCCGGAAACAUGUGGCGCAACGAGUACUCGGGACACGCGAUGUUUCACGGCAUUUAACAAGUUUCUGCUUCUCGUGACCAGCGGUAAUUUGAAGGACAUAGAUCCUUUACUAUCAUCCUCUUUGCUAUUGUAAUGCUCCUGCUUAGAAGAGGACGGUCUUGGAGCGUUGUUUAGGGUGGUGUUGGGAGAGCUUGAGUAGAUUCGAGUGACAGCAGCACUUACCCUCAUUCAUACAUUUCAAACACAAAUGCUGGGAUGCUGGGUAUGACCUGUUUGCGAGUUUUGCCCUUCGCCUAGAGCACACUAUCAACUGACUGAAUUACGCGGAAAUGCUUGACACAAUCCUACUGCAGCCACCUGAACUUGCACGUCAACGUCAUGGUAGGCAGGGUUUUGUCAAUAGCUCAUCCUCAUCUUCACAUAGUCCCUUUCUGCAACACCCUUAGUUAGGUAUAUGGAGCUGUCGCCAACCCUAAGGGACAGUGCGGGAAGUUGUUAGACAGUUCCAAUAUCAUGUCUUCCUUCACUAGGACAGCUGCCGGAAUGCCAACACGACCAGAGGCUAAGAACUUUUUUGUUUACCCUCUUACAUGUCGGCAAGGCUCAAGCCUU